AAAAGCUGUUUGUUGCAGAGAAGAGAGAGCAGUCGACAUUGUAUAUUUUAUUUGUUUGCUAAUUCGAGGUUUCCCACUGAUUUUGGCACCUUUUUGGUCUGAACUAUUUCACUUUUUUCACGCUGGAUGAGACUGUUUGAAAAUGAAGAGAAACGCAGGAUUUGUUAUAGAGCUUUCGCUCUGCUUUUAUGUCAUGAUGGCGCACACCGCUUAUGGAGACGUGAGCUAUUCUUUCCCGGAGGAGAUGAAACGCGGAUCUGUGAUUGGAAAUAUAGCAAAGGAUCUCGGGCUCGAUGUGAACAGACUGUCAUCUCGUAAGGCUCGAAUUGAUACUGAAGGUAACAGAAAACGAUACUGUGACAUUAAUCUGAAUACUGGAGAACUGACCGUAGCGGAGAGAAUCGACAGAGAGGGGCUUUGCGGAAAGAAAGCAUCAUGCGUUCUGAAACAAGAACUUAUGCUUGAGAAUCCUUUAGAAUUGCAUCGAAUUAGUUUACACAUUGAUGACAUAAAUGAUAACUCUCCACAUUUUGACGAGGAUGUUAUCAGAAUGGAGAUCAGGGAAUCAGCGGACAAAGGAGAACGGUUUUUGCUUGGGGAAGCGCACGAUCCGGAUAUAGGAAACAAUGCAGUUCUGUCUUAUACUUUGAAAAGCAAUGAAAAUUUCGUUUUAUAUUUUAAAUCAAACGAUUUAGCAGGGAAAUACUGUGAACUGGUAUUAAAUAAAGAGUUAGAUCGUGAGCAGCAGAAAGAGGUAGCAUUAAUUCUCACUGCGGUAGACGGCGGGACUCCACCGAGAUCAGAUACUGUAGUGGUGACAGUGAGCGCUACUGAUGCUGACGAGGGACAAAAUGGAAAGGUCUCGUAUGCAUUUGGUCAUGUUUCGGAAGAAGAUAAGACCUCAUUCUUACUGAAUCGCAACACUGGAGAUAUAACUGUUAUUGGAUCAACGGAUUAUGAGGAGAAAUCGGUGUAUGAGUUGCGUGUUUUAGCAAAAGAUUCUGCAGAGGUGGAGGGCGCGGGAACUCUCCGCAGCACUUACAAUUAUGACGCAUACCUGACCACGGGCUCGCGCACUAGUGACUUCAAGUUCGUCAGAUCUUAUAAUGAGGGCACACUGACUGCUGACCUGACUCUGAACACGACUCAGUCUGUUGAGAAUAUACUGGAUGACCUUGGCAAUAAAGUUGAAACUUCCCAGUUAAAUUAA